AUGAACAUGACCUUUGGUGAUUGGCAGCUUUUCCGCGCAUGGGUAUUGGAGGCCAGAAAUCCCAGCCAAGAUUGCGUGUGGUACGUGCUUCUUUACGUGUUUUCUCUUUUGUAAGAUUCAAUUCUCUCUUCUUUUGAGUGCUAAGCACCCUAGGUAGCAGUUGCUUUUCUCGCGUUCAUGCGGCGGUCGGCCAGACGAGCGGCAAGACUUAAUCUAGACGCAACCGGAAACCGCGUAAAAAAAAUGUCUCUAGCAGCCCGAGGGUAGAUCCUAGAAUAUGCAUCUUUUCUUUUCAGAAUGUGAUUCAGACUCCAUUGAUCCAUCAUAGGGCACAUAUAACACAAGUUUAUUAAGGACGGUAUUCUCAGGCAGCUUACGUUUCAGUGAUGGCUGAUAGGUUUUCGCAAAUUAAGUUUUAACUUGAGGGUGUGCUACGGUUUAAAAAAAUAUGCAAUCUCUAAAGUAAGAAAAAUUCAACCAACAGUUAAGUUUUUUGCUGCCGUCGAUUAAAUUUCCGGCGGUUUUUGAUAAUUCUAGUAGUUAACGAAGGUAGCUGUCAAAUAGUUCAGGCACAUGGUUUAUCGUGACGGAUUUGCAACAGUCUCCUGAAUUGUCGCAGGAUACGUUUAUCGGAAGAAAACUCCAUCAAGCUAGUCCUCUGUGUGUGCUUUUUGAAAUAGUGUAACUCUCUGUCACUAUUCUUUAGUUUCGAUCAUCAAUCCUUCGUCAUUAGAAAUCAUUGUUGGCUUCUAGUCUUCCUGUUUGUGCUCUUUAUCAUCGUUAUUUAACUCUAAACAUUUUUGUGUCCUUUUGGUUUCUCACCAUUUUAUGGUACUGUAUUCAUCUGAACCCGUCCUCGAUCAUUUGAGAAUAUUCUUAUCUCUCCUUCGCGUUCGGCACACCAUUCCCAAUGUACUUAUCCUGCCUUGUCCUUGGUCAUUUCUUCCAGUCACUCCAGUAACAGAUGUGUCAGUCCAGGAGAGAUGAACUGCCAGCUUCUCAAGACAUCUUCAGGUUAGAAAACUUACAUUUCGUUCUUUCACUUAAAAAUUACUCGAUGAACGUUCGUUGCUAGAAAUUGGAAGCUUAAGCAAAGUUGGGCCACGCGCUUCAACCGGAAGUGAGGCCUUAGAUCCCUUUUAACCCUUUCACUGCCAAGUGUGGCCAAAAGGCAAAUUUCGACCAAAUUUGCAAAUUUCAUUUUCUAAAAUUUUGAGAAACAAAUAGCAUCGUGUGAAAGUACAGGCAGAGAGCUUUCAUUUGAAUGGUCACAUCAUAGGAUUUCGUCCAUAGACUCAAAAGUUAGAGUCACCUUACAAAACUCCAUCAAACACUCUGGCAGUGAAAGGGUUAAUAUGCCUUGACGCUACCAUGGAUAAUAGAAUAUCCAUGAGAACAUUUGCCUGCAAAGUCAGGCAAAAACAAUGCCCAAGAAUGUGCUCAACGACGUCCAUUUCGAAUCGCACUAUAUGGGACUGUUUUGCGGAACGAAUUGUGACCCAGAUUCCUGAAGAAGAAAGAAGAAAGUGAAAGCGUUUGUAAAACAGUGCCAUAAUGCAAUUCGACCCGACACCGACCCAGUCUCUCGCUCAGCCUUAAAAUGACUGUGCUAGAUGGCCCCGGGACCCACCUUUCCUUAUAGCGAGGCAGCUGGUUAACAAUAUAACCAGGGUAUAACCCCCAUAAAAGAAUCGUUUUUUAGACCCCAUUUCAUUUGGCCUCCCUUUGCAGGUCCAUGGGAUCACAUCAGCCCGCUGCCCGCUCCUGGUCGGAGCACUGCAGACUCACCGGAACAAGUUCACCAAGAGACUCUUUCAUCGAAAGCCCCGGAUAUAGUUCUCCAGCCUCCCUCGGCACCGGAGUCUGACGAUGAGGAGGAGAAUAAUGGAGAGACUGUCGGCACAACAGAGACUGAAUUGGAUAAAGAGGAAAGCACUGCGAAACACAACGAGGUGUUUCGCCAUGAAGACGAAGAGGAUGGAGCAAGCGACGUGACGGAUAAUUUCGGUUUGAAGCACAGUGAAAUUGACCAAGAAAAUGUUCUUAUUUCUAUUGAAGACGAUAUUAAUUUGCCGCCUCAGCCCGAGGCCCGCGCGGUAUUUGACGAUGAUAGCGACGAGGAUCUCCCUACACCUCCCCCGUGCGGCACAGAUUUGAUAACUUUCAGCGAGUCAGAGGAUCAGAGAGAACGCUCUGACCUUGAAAACGAAUCUUUAAGUGUCGAGCGAACAAGUACAGCUUUAGGGUGGGGAAAGAAACGCAAUUUUACGCCUAGAGUCGACUGCACGUGCGAGAACCUUCAUCCUUUACAAACAAUUGAUCCCGUGCGAGAGAGCAAAACAUCCAGCAAUUCGCUGUUUUUUGUCACCGAAGACACCGCGGAGGCUGGUCGCCCUGCACCUAUAGUGUUGACAAGAGCAAGAAAUGGGCCAAUCAAGGCUGCCGUGACCGUCAAACGGAGUAACAGCACUUCCGGAAGUAAAAGUACCAGUAGUAGCAGUUCCGGUUCAUUUCGACCACCUCUUCCCCAGUCCGUCUCAGUGGAUUUCAGUCACGAGAGAUCAACGCCGAGUCUCUCGAUUCGGCAAAAUUCGUUACCAGAGCCCCGAAGUGUAGCGCGGCCUUAUUCUUCUUCAGAUAUUGUCACUAUCGAGCACCCCCCAAAAUUCGUGAAAGAGUUUCAAGAUCAUCCGCUGGCGAAUACAGUCGAUGAACACGAACCUUUUACUCAGGCAACAGAUCCUUUGAUCCCUGAAACUCCUAAAGAGGAGAAAGACUUGAACCGUGUUAGUCGUGAUUCAAAUGACUUUCCACCGCCACCCCCGUCCAUCGAGGAUAGCUCAACUCUUGACCAAGGGGACUGCCCUUGGGUGCCGCUUAUGUCUCGAUUUCGGGUAGACGAGGGGGUUUCGUCGAUUGAGGAAAGCGAUGAGCCGCUAUUACCGCAGCGUCGACCCAAAACUAAAUCAUCAACAAGCGAGCAUGAGCAGAGAAUGCUCAAAUUCCGAUCUUACGCGCCAAAAGCAAAGCCAACUUACGUCGAGGUUAAAAACAGCGAAGAACAUGACCAAAAAAGUGAGACUUGUGUGUGA